AUGGCGAUAUCUCUUGUCUCUCGGAGAAGUGGCUUUCAGCUGGGUAAGGUAUGGAAACGCUACCUCGGAGCUACAGCUACAGCUACAGCAGGCAGAAUUUACCAGUUACGUUUCUACCUGACGAUAAUCUCUCCUUGGUGUUUUGUGCCUCGCCACCACCAACAACUUCUGAUCAACAACUCUACUUCGUACACGCCCAUACCCGACACUCUGGAUUGGGAAAACCAAACUCGGUUUAAGCUUCUUCCACGCAUAGAGUUAAAGCAGAAGAAGAAGAGAAAACUCUUCGUUUUCAGCUGUCCACAGUGCAACUUUGCCUCCCGCGAACCAGGAAACCCGGAUCGCCUCCCAGCUCGCGUAGUCAUCCCAGCUUGUCGGGACCGGGAGGCAGAAGUAGAGAGAAAGGGGCGCAUGCGGACGUUUCUGUACUACGUGGAGGGCGAGAUCUGGCCGAAAACGAAUCUUCGUAAAGAGCGGUCGAGGGGCACUGGAAUGCAAAUGACGUCCUUUCCAAACCGAGACCAAGAACCAAAGGGUCCGGAUGCGCACGGGAACAGCUUCGGAGGUUCCGUGAGCGGCCUCGGCGAUCCAAACUGA